UUCUGCAAGCGUUUCCCUCACACCAAACUUCCCGCUCUUUCUCAUACCUCUUCUCAUUCUUUCGAUCAAAUUUUAUACCCUCUAAGCCAUCAUGGGUGUGAUCACUUAUGACAUGGAGCUUGCUUCUCCAAUCCCUCCGGCCAAGUUGUUCAAGGCCUUCGUCCUCGAUGCCGACACCCUCAUCCCCAAGAUCAUGCCUCAGGCAAUCAAGAGUGUCGAGAUCCUUGAAGGCGAUGGUGGUCCUGGAACCAUCAAGCUCACCACCUUUGGCGAAGGGAGCCAAUUCAAGAGCGUGAAACAAAGAAUAGACGGGAUCGACAAAGAGAACUUCACCUACAACUACAGCAUAAUCGAAGGCGAUGCUCUGCAAGAUGCCAUUGAAUCGAUCUCUUAUGAAGUUCAAAUCCUUCCAGGAGCCGAUGGAGGUUCCAUCUGCAAAAACAGCAGCAAGUACACAACAAAGGGCGAUACCCAGAUCACUGAAGAACAGAUCAAGGCUGGGAAAGAGAAGGCAUCGGCCAUGUUCAAGGCUAUUGAAUCCUAUCUCUUGGCAAACCCUGAUGCCUAGUGAUCCUGCCCAGUUUUUUUAGGCUCAAAGAAAUUAAGUAAACAAUCUCUCAAUUACAAGCGUGCUUGUUUGUUACUAUAUAUUCAACCAAUGAGUUCAUAUAUGGGUGUGUGUUCGAAAGGUUUCAGCUAGCCGCGCCUAUUUUUUUCUUUCUUUGGGUUGUUGGUAAGUGUGUUGUGGCUGUAAGCAUCCGGUUUACUGAUUGCAUUUGCUUACUGAGCUUAUAAUAAAGAUACUUUUGAUAA